AUGCGCACCACCGCCCUCCUCUUCGCCUUCACCCUCUGCGUCCUGGCGCUGAGCGGAAACGGAUUCAACACGGCGCAGACAGACGCCCUGGCCCAGCAAAAGGGCCAGGCUCCCCCGUCCGGAACGCAAUACCAGAACCUCUCGCUCAAGCAGAGCGGAGGUCCGCCGCUGCAGGACGACAAGGCCGCUGCCGCCGCACCCGUCAAGAAGACCGAGACCAAGCCCGCCGCCGCCGCCCCGCCGGUCAAGUACGCCGCCGACAAGGGAACGUCGCCGCCUCACCGUGGCGAGAAGAAGGCCGAGGAGCACCACAAGAAGAAGCACCACCACCACGACAAGGACGGAAAGGGGGAAGGCAAGAAGGAGCACCGCAGGAAAAACCACGGAGAGGGCCAGGACGGCGGCCAGACCAAGAACUAG